UAACGGCACAUGUUCGCACGCAUACUGGUGAGAAACCAUUCAGUUGAAGUCAUUGCACGGCAUGCUUUUCUGACAAAAGUAAUUUAUCAAAGCACAUACGGACGCAUACUGGUGAGAAGCCAUUCAGUUGCAGUCAUUGCUCCUCCUCUUUCCUUAUGAAAAUUCAGUUAAAGAUGCACAUGCGAACGCAUACUGGUGAGAAACCAUUCAGUUGCAGUCAUUGCUCCGCUUCUUUUAGUAGGAAAGGCACUUUAAAGGUGCACAUGCGAACGCACACUUUUGAGAAACCAUUCAGUUGCAGUCAUUGCACAGCAUGCUUUUCUCACAAAAAGUCUUUAACGGAACAUGUUCGCACGCAUACUGGAUAGAAACCAUUUAGUUGCAAUCAUUGCUCCUCUUCUUUC